UGAAAACAGAAGAUAGAGGGAGUCUCGGAGCUCGCCAUCUCCAGCGAUCUCUACAUUGGGAAAAAACAUGGAGUCAGCUCCGGCAGCCCCCGACCCCGCCGCCAGCGAGCCAGGCAGCAGCGGCGCGGACGCGGCCGCCGGCUCCAGGGAGACCCCGCUGAACCAGGAAUCCGCCCGCAAGAGCGAGCCGCCUGCCCCGGUGCGCAGACAGAGCUAUUCCAGCACCAGCAGAGGUAUCUCAGUAACGAAGAAGACACAUACAUCUCAAAUUGAAAUUAUUCCAUGCAAGAUCUGUGGAGACAAAUCAUCAGGAAUCCAUUAUGGUGUCAUUACAUGUGAAGGCUGCAAGGGCUUUUUCAGGAGAAGUCAGCAAAGCAAUGCCACCUACUCCUGUCCUCGUCAGAAGAACUGUUUGAUUGAUCGAACCAGUAGAAACCGCUGCCAACACUGUCGAUUACAGAAAUGCCUUGCCGUAGGGAUGUCUCGAGAUGCUGUAAAAUUUGGCCGAAUGUCAAAAAAGCAGAGAGACAGCUUGUAUGCAGAAGUACAGAAACACCGGAUGCAGCAGCAGCAGCGCGACCACCAGCAGCAGCCUGGAGAGGCUGAGCCGCUGACGCCCACCUACAACAUCUCGGCCAACGGGCUGACGGAACUUCACGACGACCUCAGUAACUACAUUGACGGGCACACCCCUGAGGGGAGUAAGGCAGACUCCGCCGUCAGCAGCUUCUACCUGGACAUACAGCCUUCCCCAGACCAGUCAGGUCUUGAUAUCAAUGGAAUCAAACCAGAACCAAUAUGUGACUACACACCAGCAUCAGGCUUCUUUCCCUACUGUUCGUUCACCAACGGCGAGACUUCCCCAACUGUGUCCAUGGCAGAAUUAGAACACCUUGCACAGAAUAUAUCUAAAUCGCAUCUGGAAACCUGCCAAUACUUGAGAGAAGAGCUCCAGCAGAUAACGUGGCAGACCUUUUUACAGGAAGAAAUUGAGAACUAUCAAAACAAGCAGCGGGAGGUGAUGUGGCAAUUGUGUGCCAUCAAAAUUACAGAAGCUAUACAGUAUGUGGUGGAGUUUGCCAAACGCAUUGAUGGAUUUAUGGAAUUGUGUCAAAAUGAUCAAAUUGUGCUUCUAAAAGCAGGUUCUCUAGAGGUGGUGUUUAUCAGAAUGUGCCGUGCCUUUGACUCUCAGAACAACACCGUGUACUUUGAUGGGAAGUAUGCCAGCCCCGACGUCUUCAAAUCCUUAGGUUGUGAAGACUUUAUUAGCUUUGUGUUUGAAUUUGGAAAGAGUUUAUGUUCUAUGCACCUGACUGAAGAUGAAAUUGCAUUAUUUUCUGCAUUUGUACUGAUGUCAGCAGAUCGCUCAUGGCUGCAAGAAAAGGUAAAAAUUGAAAAACUGCAACAGAAAAUUCAGCUAGCUCUUCAACACGUCCUACAGAAGAAUCACCGAGAAGAUGGAAUACUAACAAAGUUAAUAUGCAAGGUGUCUACAUUAAGAGCCUUAUGUGGACGACAUACAGAAAAGCUAAUGGCAUUUAAAGCAAUAUACCCAGACAUUGUGCGACUUCAUUUUCCUCCAUUAUACAAGGAGUUGUUCACUUCAGAAUUUGAGCCAGCAAUGCAAAUUGAUGGCGUGUUCACUGUCGUGUCGCAUGUGCACCAGAAACACAAGUUUAACUGAGAAGGCUUGGAAGGUACGUUGGGAGGUAUUUAUGCUGCUGUUUACAAAAUUACUUUUAAGAGACUGGCUGGUCAUAUCUAGAAAUCACCACGUUGGAUUUUUUUUUUUUAACAUGUGAAUUUGGAAUUAGAAAUGGAACUCUCCCUAAAUUAUACUUUGCUUUUUGGUAAGUUUAAUGAUAGAUGUGUUUAUGCUUCAUACAAAGUUGAAUGAUUGAUUGGCAUGGUGGACAUAUACCAUCAUGCUCAUUUUUUUUUUUUAAAGCUUUUUAAAAUGCCACCUCAUGGAGGCGAGGGGGAGGAGAAUCUCAUUUUACACAAUUCAGUAGUUAAAUAUGGACUCGGUCUCAACUUGGAAUUCUUAUGCUUUGAGAACAAAUCAAUAACCAGAAUAUUUAUUGGAAUCUAGCUUUUAUUAUAAGAAGGACCCAAAGAUUAUAUCCUGAGCAAAUGCACACUCCCCAUGUGAGGACAUGAAGCAUUUACUUUGUGAAUGUUUAUGUUCUUGGUAUAAUCUAGGAACCCUAUGAGUUUAUCUCAGAGUGAACUAAUUCUAGAUUUGUUGUCAAUAGAUGCUAUAAUUCAAGAAUGUUGCUCUCCAUAUUUGAAAAACGAUGGAUAGGAGGGUGAGGGAAGCAUACAAUGUUGAACCAGUUUCUCUUAUUUAAAUAUUAAAUACUUUAAGCCUUUAAAGUGAAGUUGAUGCUAGCUGCAAACAUUUACUCUUGUAUUUAUCUUCACUAGGAAACUGUGGACUGUAAUUUAUUUUAUUAAAUAUUUAGAAGAUUAUUUGGCUUGUGUGUUCAGGUGAGAAAUACUGAGUUGUUUUUGUUUAAUUUCAUGGUUUUUUUUUUAAUAAUCCCUAGUGGGGGAAGGGGAAAGGAAUAGUCUGAUAAACAGAUGUGCAUAUUUUAAAAACAAGUGACCUUUUGGGAAUGUAGGCAUUUAGACGAUGAUUUUAGUCGCACUAGGGGUGGGAUUCAAACUACUGGUCAAAGACCAUUUUGUACAGAAAAGGGAACAUCUCCGAUGGGUGUUAAGGUAGGAGUUUCCAUGCAGCCCUUUAUGUCUGAGAAAUAGUCUCCUCUGCCAUUGGGGUCCCUGCGGAAUCUUCUACAGGAAUUGCAGCUCUUCACGUCAUGCUAGGUUACCAGCAUGGGCUUCCCAGAGCACUUCACUCUGUUUCUAACUCCACUGACUUUUCUGACUUGUUUCUUGAGGGACUUGGAAAAGGGGAAGGUAUUAUUCACACAGAUGUGUGUAUGAAGCCUAAAUAACAUCCAACUUUUUUUCCAAAAACAUAGUAAGAGUUUAACCAUAAAUAGAAGAGUAAUAUUCCUUUAAAUUUCUUACAGGCAUGUAAAAUUUUAUGUGUUUAUAGAGAGAUGCUAACUGUCAGCAUAUAGUAUUUAUAUUGGGGCAAGAAGGGUUAAAUCAAAUCUUUAAUUUAAGUAAGCAUAGUUCCUUUAAAGAUCAAUAGUAUUUAUACUCUGAAAAGAGUACCAAGCUUAGUUCAGUUAUUUAUUCAUCCAUUUUUUUUCUAUUGUUUCUCCUCUGGGGGGAAAUGGUGUUUUGUUUUUGUUUGAGUUUUGUGUUUUAGUUUUUUGGUUUUGGUUUGUUUUUUUGUCAUUCAGAUUCACUAAAUUUGGGGAUGGUUUUAUUAAAGUAUAUUAACUUCUUUUUAACCAAAGCUUUCUGAAUAUGACCAGCCUCAGGUGCUAGCGCAUUAAAGAGCAACUAAACCUAA